GUUCUUCACUUGCAGUCUGGUCCCAGGAGGGUGGGGGUCUCUCAGGGAAAGAGAGACAGACCUGCAGUUCUGAGAGAAUGAGAGAAGUUGGGUGGAUAGUGGUGUUUGUGAUGAUUUUCAUCAGCUGCAAUGCCCUCCUGGAUCUGUCUGGUGUCCACCAGGUCAAGGGCACAUGGAUGGGAUCCACCACUUUACCAUGUACCUACGUGCCUUCAGAAGGUUUCACAGAGCAAGCACUCAGUUGGAGUGUGGAGCGGGACUCUAGCACCUCUACCAUCUUUCGGAGGGAUGAUUCUGGUGACCACAUCUUACUGUCUAACUUCCGAGAUCGAGUCAGCGUCCCAAAGUACAGCCCAGGGAAUGCCUCACUCCUAAUUGAGAACCUUGAAAUGCCUGACAGCGGACACUACACCUGUCAAGUCAUCUGGAGGUCUACAAAUAACAGCUUGAUAACAAGGGAGGUGACCACUACAGUUAAAAUUGUCAAAGUGGCAGCCACCAAGCCCAUCAUCAGGGCCGGCGAGCUGGGGCUGGCGGUCCCGGCCGGAGCCAGCACCAGCCUGAUGUGCGAGGCCAGCGGGUCCCCCCCCAUCAGCUACCGCUGGUUCCGGAGCACCCCGGGGGGGAAAGUCCUGCUCCGGAGCAGCGGGGCCGAGCUGGCGUGGGACAGCCUGCGGCCCUCCGACAGCGGGACGUAUUUCUGCGAGGCAGCGAACAGGGCUGGGGCCGGAGUGGCCCAGCAGAGCGACCCCGUGCAGCUGACAGUGACAGCAGAUCUGCUCCCAACAAUGCUGGUCUCCAGGAUGGAUACUGCUCCAGAAGGGCCUGUCACGGACACAGGUGCCCCCCCGGCCCCGCUGCUCUACGGGACCGUGGCCGCGCUGGUCGGAGCCGCGCUGGGCGCGCUCGGGGUGGUGGCGGCGCUGCGCUGGAGGCGGCGGCGCAGGAAGGAGGAUCCUCUCUAUGAAGUUGCUUUCCACAGCACUGCAGGUGUCACAGCGCUGGAGGCUGAGGUGAAAGUCCCUGUUAAGUGUCUUCACAAGGAGACAUGUUCUAAUGCUGAAACAUCCGAUGACACUUUCACCGUGAAAGACAGGAAGAGUCCUGAGUAUGAGAACCUUGUGACUGCAAUGGAAUCAGAAUAUGAAAUGGAGGGAAUUUAGCAGAGUACCAGUUCUUCUGCAUGAGCAGCCACGCAGGACUGCACAUACCAAAUGGUGAACUUAACAGGAGCAAACCCUUCCUCCUGUUGGUCUUCUGCUCUGAUAAAUUUCACUGCUUGCUUAAACCCAGAGGAGCUGCAUAAUCUUCUUGGGCUUUGGCAAAGGAGGCCUUGCCCGCUGGAGCAGAAACCCUCAGCUGAGCAUUUGUCUAUCCACUUCUACAAAGUGAGUAACUUCUGAGCAGCCUGAAUGACUAAGGUCAGGAAGAGAGGAUCUGAGGGACUUGGAACGUGAACGUCUUUAGCCUGCAAAUCCAGGAGUAGCUGGGUGCAACGCUGCCAGCCAGUAACAGCAGCAAGGGGUACUUUUCAGCGCAUGUUCCUGUUAGGACAUCCCAGGCUGCAAAGAACCAGGAAUUGUGCUGGAAGUGGACGUCCUCUGGCUUUUGCAGUACAGCAAAUACUGGUUUGUACA